AUGCGGUCCUGGCCACUAUUUUUACUUGCUCUAGUUCGGGCACAGAGACCGGGCCACAAGUGCCCCUCCUUGCUGCAGACUGGGGCUUCCAGACUUGCCCGAAGCCGGCAGGGUCAUGUGGGACCUGCCCAAAUUCCCUGCGUGAUCCAUCAGACAUGGAAGACGCACCGACUCGAUAACAAAUCGAGGGAGUGGUUUGCCACCUGGAGCGACAAGAACCCGACCUGCGAACACAAGCUUUGGAACGACACUGAAGUAGCUGCGCUGGUUCAGAGCACUUCUCCUGAUUUGAUCUGGCCUAUUUGGCAGGGCCUUUUGCCAGUUGAACGGGCUGACGCAUUCCGCUACCUUGUGCUGUGGGUUCAUGGUGGUUACUACGCUGACAUCGAUGUGUCAUGCGUUGUGCCUAUUUCGGACAUGCCGCUUCCAAACGAAACUGACAUGAUCGUGGGCUACGAAACUGGGCGCCACCUCACAGAAGGCGAGCGUGACAGCGUGCACUUCUCACGCACGGACCAGUUCGAGCAGUGGUUCUUUGCAUCUGCACCUCGAAAUCCUGUGCUGCGUCGCUGUUUGGAGUUGAUUCGACAGAAGUUCGGCUGGAGGAUCGAGUCCACAGAAGAGCUGACGGGGCCCGCCACUUUCACAGAUGCCGUGCACGAGUUCUUGCUGACGCACUCGCCAGAUGCUCUUUCCAACUUGAUCGCCGGACGAAGUGCCAGCUCUGGGCGUCUCUUUCCCAGCGAAAGCCUGUACACACGUGGGCGAAUUCUGUGCAACCUGACCUUCGCACUUCGGCCUCUGUACAAAGCAGCCCUCAGGAAACAGAUUCCUUGGCAACAGGAUGCACUUGGGAAAGAAAUCGCACCAGAAUCUAUUGACGCCUACGAUGCCCUGAAACAUGUGAGCGACAACGUGGCCCACUAUGCACGAGCUCUAGGUCAGAGUGCUGACUUCUUGCUGUCUGCUGUGAAGCACCUACUCGGCGCUCGAAGCAAGCUGCUGGUGCACGAAGCUCUGGGCGGCGUGGACAGACCCUUCAUAUUGGAGUCUUUCAAGUUCGCGCAUCGGCUCACAGCGUCCUCACACGUGGUUUUCGCUCAGGAGAACCUGGAUCGCUUGCAGAAGCAGUUUGAAGAGCAUCGCAAUUCAAAGGAGGAGCGAAAGAAGAAGGCCCCUCAAAGAGAUCGUGGGCUUUUCACUGCCGAUGUCAACAGCCAUGACAAGGAGCCGGAGCGCGAAGCCGCGCUUCCGGGUUACAAGCCAAAGGUGGAGGUCCUUCUGGAGCUCGUGGCUUCCUACAGAGCACGGAACCAGGCGCAGAUGUGUUGUGACCUCCAGGUGGCCAUGCGUUGCCUCGUUGAUCAUGCAGACUCUCUGGGUCACCUCAUCCAGUCGAUCGCGAAGACACGAGAGGAGUACGAGAUAGAGUAUGCGAAAGACCAGCUGGACACUGCGAAGAAGCUGGAGCAGAAAAUCCAGGAGCUCGAGGCCCAACUGCAGGACUUCCGAGCCUCCUCCACGCGCGGCUACCUCCACCUUCGCACGGAAGGCCGUGCCGCUAAGAAGGACGGCGUGGAAUCGAUCCUCCAGCGGUUGCUGGCCAAACUUCUCCGCGAUGGUUUCGGGGCGACCACCUUCGAAGAGGUUGCACGCCUCGCCAGCCCGAAGCGUGCUGAAUACUCCGAACUGCCCCUCCAGUCUUGA